AGUGGGGCGGUGCCUCCGCCAAGGGGCUCGGGCCGCUCGGAGCCGCCGCCGUCGCAGCCACAAACGUCGCCAUGCCGGUGGACCUGGCUAAGUGGGACGGGCCGCUGAGCCUCUCCGAGGUGGAGCAGAAGCCAGCGCACCCGCUGAGGGUCAAGUAUGGCUCCGUGGAGAUCGACGAGCUGGGCAAGGUGCUCACGCCCACUCAGGUCCAGCAUCGCCCCACCAGCAUCGAGUGGGACGGCUGCGAUCCCCAGAAGCUUUACACCCUGGUUCUCACGGACCCUGAUGCGCCCAGUCGGAAGGACCCGAAGUUCAGGGAGUGGCAUCACUUCCUGGUGACCAACAUGAAGGGCAACAACGUGGGCAGCGGGACUGUUAUGUCGGAUUACGUUGGCUCCGGGCCUCCCAAGGGAACAGGGCUGCACCGCUACGUGUGGCUGGUGUACGAGCUGGCGGGCACCUGCUACCAGGCCGAGUGGGACGAUUACGUGCCCAAGCUCUACGAGCAGCUCUCGGGGAAGUAGGGCCAGGGCCCACGGUGGGGCUGGGCACAGCGCUCCAGUUGUGUUCUGUUAAUGAGUUGAAGCCAAGUGUCCUGCUCUGACAAUGUCACUGUCACUGUCCCUGCUCUGUCCCUGUGCUGAUGCUCAUGGUAUCCUAGCUAGAGAGCUGCCCCUGGCUCCAAACUGACCUGCUUAAGGGAAACAGUAGCCUUUGUGAAUUAGUGUCAGUUCAGGGGGUCUCUGCUGUCUUGGCAUGGCUUGAGGUGGCAGGGGUGUGGGUGCACAACAACUCUGGGGCAGGUGCUGGCUGUGGAGACUCCCUUUCCCAAGAGAGGACAGGGCAGUCCAAGGGAAACUUCUCCCUUUUUUUUUUUUUUUUCUUUCCCCCUCUCCUACAUUUGGCCAGUGCCUCCACAUCACCACUACAGUAGUGAAGGUGCAGCUCGAGGGGAGGCAGGAGCUGGCCUAGAGCGUUUCCUUCUGUUCUCUGCUGCCACCCAAAGCUGAGACCACUUUGUUCUGUUCAGUCCUGUGGUGCCCUGCCCUGUGCUCACAGUGCAAUUAAAAACUUCCAAGGUA